AUGCGUGCUCGAUUUAAAGGCCCAGCAGGCACCGGCAUUCUUGAGCUACCAGACGAUGCUACUGUUGAAGCCCUCUUUGAUGAAAUUCGGACAAAGACUGGCAUCAACAAAUUCAGUGUGAGAUACGGUCUGCCGAUGGCUAUGAAAUCCCUCGAAGCUACUCAGGGUGACCAGAUUGCUCGAUGCCUUGGUCUUCAUGGCGAAACGCUCACUAUUGUCCCCGAGGAGUCAUCAUCUGACCCUGCUGAGGCUGUCCAAAAUCGGCCUGUUGCAUCCAUGCCACUGAAAAAGAAUGAAGGCCCGGAAGACGCGAACGUUCCAUGGCCGCAGAGAGAGGGCACUCUUCUGUUACGAGUGAUGCCCAGUGACAAUAGUUGUUUGUUCACCGCGUUCGGGGGCGCAUUGCAAGACCAAAUCCCUGCACAAAAUUUGAGACAGAUGAUGGCAGACUAUAUUCUCGAACAUCCAGAAGAGUAUUCGGAAGCUGUUCUUGGCAGCCCUCCCAGGCAAUACUGCCUCAGUAUCCAGGACCCAGAUAGAUGGGGUGGCGGCAUUGAGCUCAGUAUACUAUCCUCUAUCUUCGACAUACAAAUAUGUACUUUCGACGUUCAGACGCAAAGUAAAAUUGAAUUCGGAGAGGAAAAGCGGGAUCGCUGCAUUCUCGUGUACUCCGGAAUUCAUUAUGACCGGGUUGCCUUCAGCUGCGCUGAUCCCCCUUACAACUCCCCUACCUUACCCCCCGAACUUGACCAAGCUGUUUGGCCUACUGAUGACGACGAAGUUCUCAAAAAGACCGAAGAACUCGUUCAAAAGCUUAACAAAGCGCAUUACUACACGGACACAGAUGGAUUGAUCUUGAGAUGCGAUGUGACGGGAUGUGACUGGAUCGGCAGCGGCCAGCUUGAAGGGCAGAAGCAUGCAGAGGCGACAGGCCAUGUUGACUUGAGCGAAAUCCAAGACGAGGGUGACAGCAUCCUGCGGAAGUGCGAUGCACCUGGUUGCGACUUCAUUGGACAGGGAGACAAAGCCGUCAGACAACAUCGUGCUGACACUGCUCACCAGAAAUUCUCUAUCAUUCAUGACGCCUGA